CUUCCGGUUCACUUGACGCAACCGCUAUGUACCUAUCCGGGGCUUGCUGUUCUUUCGUGUUCCAUUCUUCAAACCAAACGACCUCUUUCAAAGUAAUUUAAUUGGAUUACUACUGACUGGUGGCCAACGUAAUCCCAAACAUCAAGUCGAAGAGUAGAAAUGAGAGGAAAUCCAGGUCACGUCGAACAACUGAAACACAAAAGGAGGUGAAGAGUCCCGCAGACGUCACUGUAGAAGAUCUCCCCCCCCUUAGAAGCACAAUCUCGUCCACGUUAAACAGAAGGAGGAGCCUGACAUGCCGUUAAUCAAACAGGGGGCGGAGCCAGAGACCUCUGACAUCAAAGAAGAAAAACAGGAAAUUCAAAUCCUCAAUUUUCCAAUGGGUGUCGGUGUGGAGAGCGAAGAAGACGAAGGACCAAGCAAAGAGAGCGGAGCAGCGAACCCUUUGAGCGACAGCUCAUUUCAGCACCAGACAACAAAAGGAGAGCAACCGGACGGCCUCUUAGCUCCGCUUUCGGACAGCGAUGACUUAACGUCACAUUCUUCUGACUUUAAUACUGAUGAGGAGGAGGAUGACUUUGACCAAAACGCUUCAAAAUCCUUAGACAAGUCAUCAUUUAAAAGAGACGCAAAGGAAGGCGUGGUUGGGAAAAGUUUUCCCUGCUCACUUUGUGAUAAAACAUUUCCUUGGAAAUGCUACUUAAAGGCACACAUGCGCAGACACACUGGAGAGAAGCCUUUUGCCUGCGCACUUUGUGGUAAAAGAUUCACCUUGACCAGGUGAAGUGAUGGAAUUUCCAAACGCUUGAUCUUCUUACGCUGAAGUUUCAGCACUUGAACGUUUCUACUUCCGGUUCACUUGACGUAACCUCUAUGUACCCAUCCGGGGCUUGCUGUUCUUUCGUGUUCCAUUCUCCAAACCAAACGACCUCCUUCAAAGCAAUUUAAUUGGAUGCGACAAAUUACGACUGACUGGUGGCCAACGCAAUCCCAAACAUCAAGUCAAAGAGUAAAAAUGAAGAGAGGAAAUCCAGGUCACGACGAACAACUGAAAAGAAAAUGAAGAGUCCCGCAGACGUCACUGUAGAAGAUCUUCACCCUGAGAAGCACAAUCCCGUCCACGUUAAACAGAAGGAGGAGCCUAACAUGCCUUUGAUCAAACAGGAGGCGGAGCCAGAGACCUCUGACAUCAAAGAAGAAAAACAGGAAAUUGAAAUCCUCAAUUUUCCAAUGGGUGUCGGUGUGAAGAGCGAAGAAGACGAAGGACCAAGCGAAGAGAGCGGAGCAGCGAACCCUUUGAGCGACAGCUCAUUUCAGUACCAGAUAACAAAAGGAGAGCAACCGGACGACCUCUUAGCUCCGCUUUCGGACAGCGAUGACUUAACGUCACAUUCUUCUGACUUUAAUACUGAUGAGGAGGAGGAGGAUGACUUUGACCAAAACGCUUCAAAAUCCUUAGACAAGUCAUCAUUUAAAAGAGACGCAAUGGCAGGCGUGGUUGUGAAAAGUUUUCCCUGCUCACUUUGUGAUAAAAUAUUUCCUUGGAAAUGCUCCUUAAAGGCACACAUGCGUAGACACACUGGAGAGAAGCCUUUUGCCUGCACACUUUGUGGUAAAAGAUGCACCCAUAAAGGAGGUUUAAAUUAUCACAUAAGAACACACACUGGAGAGAAGCCUUUUGCCUGCACACUUUGUGAUAAAAGAUAUUUCGAUAACAGUGGUUUAAAGAGACACACAAGAACACACACUGGUGAGAAGCCUUUUGCCUGCACACUUUGUGGUAAAAGUUUCACAUAUCAGCAACAUUUAAACAUUCACACAAGAACCCACACUGGAGAGAAACCUUUUGCCUGCACAUUUUGUGGUAAAAGAUGCACCCAUAAAGGAGGUUUAAAUUAUCACAUAAGAACACACACCGGAGAGAAGCCUUAUGCCUGCACACUUUGUGAUAAAAAAUACUUCACGAAGGCACAUUUAAACUAUCACACAAGAACACACACUGGAGAGAAGCCUUAUGCCUGCACACUUUGUGAUAAAAAAUACUCCACAAAGGAAAAUUUAAACUAUCACACAAGAACACACACUGGAGAAAAGCCGUUUCCAUGCUCACUUUGCGGUAAACGAUUUGCUCAGAAAGGACAUUUAGUAAGCCACGCAAGUAGCCACACUGAGGAAAAACCUUUGAAUUCUAGCGUGUGACAAAAUAUUCUGAUUCCUGCAUUUACAAUGGAAAAAGUAUUUCAAUUUCAUUAUUCGGUUUCUCACGAGCCUCUUUUGAAAAAGUUGUUCAUGAUUUUUCAGGUGCUGUUCUUUUUUUACAACUAUCCAAUUCAUAUAUGGCGGAACACACAGACAAGGUUGAAAUGGUAGUUUCUGCUCUUGCACCCCUCUUUAAAAUAAACUGCUGUAUUUUAACCCAAAACAACUGUUGUGUUUAAUAGAACGAUACGUCUAUAUGCUGCCAUAGCAGAAUCAUGGCGCAUUAAGCCCCCGAACUAUUUUUAAUACUGUAUGUCCGUUUUACCUUGGAAACCCCCGUUUACAGAUGUCGUGCAACCGCUUUUGUUUCAACCCAGCCAAAAAAAGAAGGCAGGUAAGUAGAUUUAUUGUUCGAAAUGUCUGUCAUUUUUAGCUGAGAAUUAAUUGAUGUCUAAUGUUUAGUAAAAAAACGACUUUAAAAAAUUAUUCACUUGUAUAUUUUAAACUUUUAAACAACUUGCGUCACAAUGAAAAAAAUUGUUUGUAAAUCAGUCACGGAUAUCUAUCUACCUUAUAACUCGCUUAAUUGUAAUUUUUUUUGUUCGUCACAUUUUCUCCGAUAUGUUAGAUGAUAA